GAAGUGCAGCCUGUCGUCCCGGCGUGAGCACGUUGCUAGUUAGUUGCAAUGUUGUAGCUAUUAGCACGGACUGCGGUUCUUCUCGACUUCUCACUUCAAUCGUUUUUAAUUUCUCACUCAUUCCUCAUUCGACCGGCUGACAACUGGUGGGGGAAACGAACAUUAAAGGAAGAAGCCGCCGGCUAAGCCCGUUAGCCCGUUAGCCGCCAGCGUCUCUCCCUCUCCCUCCUCCGUCCGUCCCUCAGUCCGGCUGGGAGCAUGGCGAUGAGACAGACUCCCCUCACCUGCUCCGGGCACACCCGGCCGGUGGUGGACCUGGCCUUCAGCGGGAUCACCCCCUACGGCUACUUUCUCAUCAGCGCCUGUAAAGAUGGCAAGCCCAUGUUGCGCCAGGGCGACACAGGGGACUGGAUAGGAACGUUCCUGGGUCACAAAGGUGCUGUCUGGGGAGCCACUCUCAACACGGACGCCACCAAAGCCGCCACGGCGGCGGCCGACUUCACAGCGAAGGUGUGGGACGCCGUCAGCGGAGACGAGGUCCUGUCCCUGGCUCACAAGCACAUCGUCAAGUCCGUCAACUUCACCAAGGACAACAACUGCCUCCUGACCGCAGGAAACGACAAGCUGCUGCGCAUCUACGACCUCAGCAACCCUGAAGAAGCUCCAAUAGAGAUUGCAGGUCACGGCUCAGCCAUAAAGAAAGCUUUGUGGUGCAACGACGACAAGCAGAUCCUCUCCGCUGCUGACGACAAAACCGUCCGGCUCUGGGACAGGACGUCCAUGGAGGUGGUGAAGACGCUGACCUUUGACACGUCUGUGAGCAGCAUGGAGUACAUGGCUGACGGGGAGAUUCUGCUGAUCACGUACGGAAAGAACAUCGCCUUCUACAACGCCCUGAGCUUGGAGCCGAUCAAGACCGUGGAGGCCCCCGCCCCCAUCAACUCCGCCUCCCUCCACCCAGAGAAGGACUUCUUUGUUGCCGCCGGCGACGACUUCAAGCUCUACAAGUUUGACUACAGCACCAAAGAAGAGCUGGAGUCGUACAAGGGCCACUUCGGCCCGGUGCACUGCGUCCGCUUCAGCCCCGACGGCGAGCUGUACGCCAGCGGCUCCGAGGACGGGACGCUGCGGCUGUGGCAGACGGCGGUGGGGAAGACCUACGGACUCUGGAAAUGUGUUCUCCCGGAGGACCUGGGGACGGAGAACUCUGAGCAGCUGUUCCCCUCGGCCCCCCCGGAGGUCAAAGCCUGACCGCAGCACCGCCUUCUGGAAACCAGAGAAGAAGAAACGAAGAGACGAGCUUGAAGGUGCUCCGGGGUGUUCUACCAGGCCAGAGACGGGACCCGAGUGCAGAGCAUCUGAUGACACGACCGCCCCCCCCCCCCCCCCCCCCCCCACACACACACACACACACACACCCCCACCAGAGUUUGUUCAGCGGGCGGCUGCAGGGCGAGGCAGUAGAGCUGUGGGCGGGAGCUCACCGCUGCCUGCUUCCUCCCUGCUCAGCCCCCUCCGAUGACUCCACCUUGUUUUAACUCCUCCAGCGACGCCAGGCCCAGUUUGUUUCCGUGUUUUGAAGAGCUGGACCGACGCAGCUGUUUUCAGUUCAUAGUUACAGAUCCUGGAAGUAGUUUGUGCUGCGGCGAAGGCGCUUUGUUUUCUUCAGAUGGCUUUGAGUAUGUGCUGGUGUCGUUCUGGUUAAGAAUAAAGUGUCCAAUAAAAAUACCAUAUUGUUUUGUGACAAAGUGGAAAGGGAAGAAAUCUCGCUGGUUUUUCCAUUUUUGGUUUGUCUUCAAAUGUGUCCAGUGGUGAAAUAAACGAGAGCAUUGCGCUUUUAUUUCUAAGUAAUACACAAAGCCG